UGGCUGUCAGGUCCCUACCCAAUUGAGAAAAAGUUCAAUCCCAAUCGUCAGAUCAAGAAAAGAACCUCACCCAUUCCGAUUUCUGCGCAAACACAAUUUACUACAACCAAGAAAUCCCCUUACAAUUCCUCGCGAAAAUGACGGUCAAUACCGAACCAGAAGCAUUACUGUCUCACCUUCAAAAUGCAGACGGAUCCGCUACCUUCUCUUUUGCUGGCUAUACCGUGGUUGGGGCUGUAAAUGGGCCGAUCGAGGUUCAGAGACGAGAUGAGCUCCCGGAGGAGGCGGCCGUCGACGUGAUCGUACGACCAGCUGCAGGGGUUGGAGGCACUAGAGAAAGGCACUUGGAGUCACUGAUCCAGUCGACUUUGCGCCAGAUCAUCCUUAUUAACAACUUUCCGAGGACCCUGAUCCAAGUUGUUCUACAAGUCACCACUGCACCCGAGAACGAAUAUGUCAAUGCUAAAGUAGCACAGGCUACCUCAAACCUGCCCAUUUUGCCUGCUCUACUGCAGACAGCAGUACUCUCGCUCCUCUCUGCCGCCCUUCCGUUGACGGCGACAUUGACAUCGACUUCCCUGGCUAUUAUCGCUGAUGGCCAAUCGAAGAAAGUCGUCUUAAACCCUUCGCCGCGAGAGAUUGAAACAUCGCAAUCGUUCCAUGUCUUCUCGUUUACCUCUCACGAUGAAUUGAUACUCGCAGAAAGUGAAGGAAGCUUCACGUUAAAAGAAUGGGACGAUGCUUUUGCCGUCGCUCAACGUCAAUGUUGCCCUCCCACCACUACGGGCGAUGGAGAUGUCCUCAUGGAUGAUGAUAGCCUACCUGGCGCGAACUUGAAGCAGUUUACACGAUCUACGCUGGAGGGGAAAAUAGCCUCCGACUUACAUUGGAAGUGAGAGAUUCUAUCUCGUACAUCCUGGGUCAACACAGGCUAUAUUGUAUGGAUAGAAUCUACGGCAACAAUGCUGGAUUGGCGGUCAGUAAUGUACGUUGGUUUAGUCCCGCUCAGACAUGUUUGAUACUCCCGAAUCGGCGCAUCGCUCUCACG